AUGGCAGACAAAGUCAGAUACUACUUGGAACAAUCCGUUCCCGAGUUAGAGGACCUCAAGGUUAAGGGACUAUUUGAUAAAAAUGAGAUUACCAUGAUAAUGAGAAGACGGACUGAUUUCGAACAUAGGAUCACCGGACGUGGAAGUCGACCAAGAGACUUCCUCAAGUAUAGUGAGUUUGAAAACAAUUUGGAAAAGUUACGUAAAAAGAGGUACGCAAGGUUGAGCAAAGUGGGGCUAGUUGAUACAAAGGCCAGUAUAAGCGAUUGGGCUGGGGUCCGUCGAAUAAUGUUUAUACUAGACAGAGGCACAAAGAGAUUCCCCGGGGAUCAACAGUUGUGGGCAGAAUACUUGUCUUAUGCCAAGGAGAAUGGUGCAAUCAAAGUCAUCUACAAAAUUUACUCGAGAUUGUUGCAAUUACAACCACGUAACAUUGAUGCUUGGUUGUCGGCAGCCAAGUACGAGUUUGAAGUGAAUGGCAAUGCUAAAGGCACACGAUUGUUGUUCCAGAGGGGCUUGAGACUCAACCCAGAGUCUACUACAUUAUGGUUGAGCUAUGCACAGUUUGAAUUGACUUACAUUUCGAAACUUCUUGCUAGGAGAAAGCUUUUGGGUUUGCUCACUGAAACUGAAGCAGAGGAAAAGAAGGAAACCGAGGAUAUGAUGGUUUUGCCACAAGCCGAGACCAAGUUAAAUCUCCCCGAUGCAGAUAUGAAUAUGCUUGGGAGCCCUGAAACAAAUCCAGCUUUGAAAGGGGAUGUGUUUUUGGCUAUCUUCGAUGAAUGUGCGAAGGCGAGAGGAUUCGAAGCGGUUGAGAAAUUUCUACAAUUGAUUGAUCAGUUUGAAGAUUUAGACAGAGAUUACUUGUACAAUCAUGUUCUAAACUACAUUCAAAGGGAAUAUCCAGACGAUAUCAGAACAAUAUUCAUCGACAUAACAUUACCAAUACGAACAACAAAUGAUGGGUUGCAAUUAUCAGUCAACAAAUUUUUGGCGUACAAAGCAAAGAGUCCAAACAAGGAGCUAACUAACAUGUUUGUCAACAGGUUGAUGCAGGUCGAAGGCAAUGACAAAAUAAAAUCAUUAAUCCAAGCGAUUAUCAAAAAGAUUAAUCUCGUUUAG